AUGGCGGCGGGCGGCGGUGGGCGGCCGCCGGGCCCCGACUCCUCGCUGGAGCCUUACGUGCAGACCCGCAUCUUUAAGAUCAUCGUGAUCGGAGACUCCAACGUGGGCAAGACGUGCCUGACCUUCCGCUUCUGCGGGGGCACCUUCCCCGACAAGACCGAGGCCACCAUCGGCGUGGACUUCCGCGAGAAGACGGUGGAGAUCGAGGGGGAGCGCAUCAAGGUGCAAGUGUGGGACACGGCUGGCCAGGAGAGGUUUCGGAAGAGCAUGGUAGAGCAUUACUACCGCAACGUGCAUGCCGUCGUCUUUGUUUACGACGUCACAAAGAUGACCUCCUUCACCAACCUCAAGACGUGGAUCGAGGAGUGCAACGGGCACGCAGUGCCCCCCCUUGUCCCCAGGGUGCUCGUUGGGAACAAGUGUGACUUGAAAGACCUGAUCCAAGUGCCAUCCAGCAUGGCCCUGAAGUUCGCCGACGCUCACAACAUGCUUUUGUUUGAGACCUCGGCCAAGGACCCUAAGGAGAGCCAGAACGUGGACGCCAUUUUCAUGUGCCUGGCCUGCCGGCUGAAGGCGCAGCGGUCGCUGCUCUGCCGGGACCUGGAGGGGCGGCCGGGCCAGGCCCGCAGGCUGGAGCCAACGCACGACGCCAACGGUAAAACCUCCUGCCCGUGCUGAGCGGGGCCCCCGCCGCCCUCUGUCACGGUCACCCCAAUAAAGUCUC